AUGGGGGAGGCAAUACCCAAGGGAGUGAAAGAUAUGUGGGACAAAUGGAACAUCCGUGGCCUUGUGAUAUACAGUCUUCUUCUUCAGGCAAUCCUUGUUCUUCUCUCACCAAAUCGAAAACGAUCACCGAGGAGACUUUUUCGACUUCUCCUCUGGUCGGCUUACCUUUUGGCCAACUGGGCAGCUGAUUAUGCCGUGGCACAGAUCUCAGAUAGCUCAGGAGACGACCCUGAACCCAACGAGUCACCAAAUACCAACGAUCUCUUAGCUUUCUGGGCAACAUUCCUUCUCUUGCACCUUGGUGGUCCUGACACCAUCACAGCUCUUGCUCUGGAGGAUAAUGAGCUCUGGCUCAGGAGUUUGUUCGGUCUUGUGUGCCAAUUCCUUGCUACUCUCUACGUGUUCAUGCUAUCAAUACCCAACAGCCUCUUCGUACCAACAUCCCUCAUGCUUGUGGCUGGAGUCAUCAAAUAUGUUGAGAGGAUAAGAGCGAUGCGUGGAGCAAGUCUUGAAAGGUUCAAGGAUUUGAUGCUUGGGUAG